GCGUGUAAACGUCAUCGAAAUUAGGAAAUCACGAGAAAAAGGCAACUUCCGGUUACUUGUCAACUAUUAUUUAGAAGUGAUUUUUGUUCUGUAAUUUCGUUUAUUUACCUGCAAAGAUGGCACUUAGUGAUCAAGAUGUACAGAAGCAGAUCAAGCACAUGAUGGCUUUCAUUGAGCAGGAAGCCAAUGAAAAGGCAGAAGAAAUUGAGGCCAAGGCGGAGGAAGAGUUCAACAUUGAGAAGGGGCGUCUGGUUCAGCAACAGAGAGUCAAGAUCAUGGAGUACUAUGAACGCAAGGAGAAACAGGUGGAGCUGCAGAAGAAAAUUCAGAACUCUAACCUGUUGAACCAGGCGAGACUACGCGUGUUGAAGGCCAGAGAGGACCAUCUCAAGGUCUUGAUAGAGGAGGCUAGAAAACAGUUGGCUAAGAUCACAGCUGACAAGGGCCGGUACAAGAAACUCCUGAUCGGACUUAUUGCUCAGGGUCUGUAUCAGCUACUGGAACCAGAGGUGACCCUCAGGUGUAAACAGCAGGACCUUGACAUGGUUAUGGAUGCAUGGCCUGGUGCCGUUGAGGCUUACAGAAAUGCCACUCAGGGGAAGAAAGAUGUCAAGGUUACUGUGGAUACAGAAACAUUCCUGGGCAGUGAUGUGUCUGGCGGUGUGGAGCUGGUCUCCCAGGGUGGCAAGUUUGUGGUGGAGAACACACUGGAGAGUCGACUCGACCUCAUGAGCCGACAGAUGAUACCCGAGCUUAGAGUUAUACUCUAUGGAAGAAACCCAAACAGGAAGUUCUCUGACUAAUUAAUGCAUAAAUUAGGAUUAAGAACUUUUUACACAUUUUUUGGUCAAUAUUUUCUAAAAAAUGAUUGUUCAAUAAUAUCAAAAUCUGCUAUUGGAAGUUCACUGAAUAAUGAUUAUAUACCUUAAGACUUACCUGGUAGAACUUUAUAUUUGUUUCGUAAUAUUUUGUACUUUUGAUGACCAUUGUUAAGGAAUUUUAAUAUGAUAAACUAACUGCUUUAUGAUUGAUUUUCUAUGUUUUAAAAAAAAAUCCUUUAUGGAACCGAUAAAGCAGUACAAUUGUUGGGAAUUUCAACAUUAUAAACUUGAUUCUGUUAUAAAGGUGCCAUUACAUAAAACAUGUAAAACUGCAUUGAACAUUCCUUUGACCUUUAUUGUGUUAAAUUUUGUACAUUCGUAUUUAGUUGGGCCAUGACUAUUCUUGAAAUCCAUGUUCAAAGCCAUUUAGAAAUUGUAUUAACUUUUCUUCCUUGGAAAGUCUCAACUAAAAAACAUUGAUAUGUCAUUUUGAAUAAUUGCUUUCUAUGCUUGAAUCCCUCUGGAAUAUUUAUACGCAACAUUUGUGAAAGCAGUUUAAAAACAUAUGAAAAUGUUGUACUAUCUAGUCUUAUCCAGAUUUUGUGUAUGUAGAACUGAUUUGUAAUAAUAUUAUAGGUUUUCACAUAUAUAUAUAUAUAGUUCAAGAAUGCAUGUCAUAUCAGGUAUGAGCCAAUCAUCAACGUAAUCCGAGUGUUUAUACUUCCAGUAAUAAAACUUAGAACAGCUUUUACAAGUAAGCUGCAUCAACCCUAUGUUUUGCGUUAUUUGACACAUUUCCAUUAAGUUCUGUCUCGAAAAGUACUAUUAAAGAUGCAAGAAAUGAAGUACCUCUGGUAUUUGUUUGGAUGUGCUUUUGAUUGACUUGUGUGUAACUCUUAGUUUGUACAAGUGUGCAGGGUUAGAUGCAGAUUGCAGUAUACAUAGUUGUUUCUCAUCAGAAGAGUGCUGUGAUGUUCACAUGUAAAAGGACUCCCUUGCCCUCCCCAAUAUGUUUGGGCCCAUGUCCCCCUACCGUCAGGGGACCUUUAUUUAUGCUUGUGUAUUCUCCCGGUCUUGAAUAUACUUGACAACCUAGAAUAUACCCCUCUGUCUGCUUGUAGAACGUUCAGUAAUGGCCGCCAUUGUUUGAUUGUAGUGCACUAGCCUUUACCAUCAAGUAUUCUCUACAAAUUUAGUAACUGAUGAAUUUGUACUAUCCUUACUCAUCGGGUUUUCAAGAUGAAUGUUAUUUACUUUGCCAAAUUGAGCAAAACUUGAACAAGAAAAAAUAGAAGAAAACUAUUAGUGUAGAAGUAUGUAUUAAUAAGUUUGAUUGAUAUUGCCUUGCAUACUAUUGUAUUUCACUGCUACAUAAACAUUGCCUAUCUGCUUGUGUUUCUUGAAUUUACGAUUGUAUCUUGCAUUGUUAACAUUUGCAGUGUUUUAAUGUACGAUAAUUGCUUUGUCCCGUGUACAAUCCUUCAGUAGUGUCCGUUUGUAUAAUAGACUUUGUAUACAUGUUAAUAUUUCCACUUUGAAAGGGUAUUAUUGUUAUUAAUAAUUAUGUAGAUUAAAAGAUAUUGUAUAUGGAAUAAAAAACAGACAAUA